AUGAAGGCAGCGGGAGUUCUCCUGCUCCACCUCACGGCUCUGGGACUGGGAUCAGGGUUCAGAACUCACAGGAACCAAACUCACCAUUUUCCCUCCUACAUGCUGCACCUGUACCACAGCUUCAGCACCAAUCAGACGCCAGCACCGCCAUCAUCAUCAUCAUCACCACUUCGGCACCUCCAUCAUCAUCACACGGAUCAGGACCGAGCUGUGAGGGCCGACACGGUGCGCAGCGUCGCUCCCAGGAGUUUAAUCUUUCGAGACAGAAACUGGAUCACGACCUUUGACCUUUCCUCUCUGCUGUCUGAGCGCCAUGUCCAGGCCAUUGAGUUGAGGAUCCGUGUUCCUACGGCAACCGGUCAGAACGUUACCGUGGAGCUGCGUCAUGAUCAGGACCGGCCGUGUCCCAAACGCAGCGUGUGUAUGGAGGAGCAGUCGCUGGGAUUUCUCCCAGAACCCUCUCUGAUCAGCUCGUCCAAUCAGUGGCGAGUGUAUAACAUCACGGCUCGGCUGCUCCGCUGGACGGACGACAUGCUCUCGCAGAGGGGGAGGAGGAGGAGGACGAAGGUCAAAAGUCGCGUCCCUUCAGGUGUGAAGGUGGUGAAUGCGGGAAUGAAUCGAGCGCUGCUGCUGGUGUUCUCACAGGAAAGAUCGAAGGCCAGAGAGCAGGAUAAAGCGAGUCUGCUGCGUACAGCUGAGCGCUCCAAAUUCCUCCUGAGCGCAGAGAGUCCAGUCCUGAGCAGGGUGAAGAGGCAGAAGAGCCGCCGCAAGAACCACAAGAAUGACAGAGAGAAGGAGAACGAGAAGAAGAACCUCUGCAGGAGAGUGGACAUGCAUGUCGACUUCAACCAGAUUGGAUGGAGCUCCUGGAUCGUCUUCCCGAAAAAGUACAACGCCUACCGCUGUGAAGGGGCGUGUCCCAAUCCACUCGGAGAGGACUUCCACCCUACAAAUCACGCCUACAUGCAGAGUUUACUGAGACACUUCCAGCCGAGCUGCGUGCCCUCGCCGUGCUGCGCUCCCAUCCGCACCAGCGCCCUCAGCAUGCUGUACUACGACAGUGGAGAGAUGAUCCUGCGGCACCACGAGCAGAUGGUGGUGGAGGAGUGCGGCUGUCACUGA